AAAAAAACAUGAUUUCGAUCCUAUUUUUAUGAUGAAAAAACGAGUAAAGUUUAUUUCGUUAACACUUACGUUAAAUAUUCGUACGUUUUUGUAUUAACUUACAAAUCAAAUCGCAGUUAUGUCUGGACGUGGAAAAGGUGAAAAGAAACGCAAGAGAAAGAGAAAGGAAAGUUAUGCUAUUUACAUCUACAAUGUUUUGAAACAAGUUCACCCAGAUGUCGGAGUUUCAAGCAAAGCUAUGAGCAUCAUGAACUCAUUUGUCAACGACAUCUUUGAGCGCAUUGCUUCCGAAGCUUCGCGUUUGGCUCUUCAAAACAAAAAGUCGACCAUCUCUUCUCGUGAAAUUCAAACCGCAGUACGUCUUCUCUUGCCUGGAGAACUUGCAAAACACGCAGUCAGUGAAGGAACAAAAGCCGUCACAAAAUACACAAGCAGCAAGUAAACCAACGUCUACCAAACACAAACGGUCUUUUUUAAGACCACACAUCUUUAAAAAAACAUUUACUUGGCGUCACUACAAGUUAACCGAAGUUAAUAAAACUUCUAAAUAAUGUGCUUAAGAACACUAGCCUACAUUUAAAAUACUUCCCCAUGUGUGUGUGGAUUAGCUUCACUUUUCAUACGUAUUAUUA